AUUAGCGUGCGCCUUACGAGCGGCUGCCAGCUCCAAGAAACAAUCAAUCCAACCAACCAACCUCUCUGGCGACCUCUACAACGUUCAGCGUUCCCUUUUGGAUACUUCCUGCAAGACACAAGUCGAACAGCUGUUUCGAGUGAAUCCUCUGACUUGGUGUCACUCAGCUUUCACUCAUCAUGGCUCCGACCAACGGAAUGCUGAGCGUGGAUCCUCCCGAUAUCGAGAACAUUCUUGCUCUCAAUCCGCGGGUCAAACAUUCGGCAAACUUCGUACCUAGUCCACAGACCAAGAGAAACAAGGCUCUCUGGAAGCGGAAUGAAGACCGGAAGUGCAAGGGCUGCAACUCUUUGGAAAAAAACUUCGACGACAUCAAGCACACAACUCUAUCGGAGCGGGGAGCUCUGAAGGAGGCUGCGAGGUGUCUGAAGUGCGCAGACGCUCCGUGCCAGAAAAGUUGCCCGACUCAAUUGGACGUGAAACACUUCAUCAGCUGCAUCGCAAACAAGAACUAUUACGGGGCCGCGAAACAGAUUUUCUCGGAUAAUCCACUAGGGCUCACCUGCGGAAUGGUAUGCCCCACAUCCGACCUUUGCGUAGGGGGCUGCAACCUGUACGCAACUGAAGAAGGUCCAAUCAACAUCGGAGGUCUCCAGCAGUUCGCUACUGAUAUUUUCCGGAAGAUGAAGAUCCCUCAGACGCUCCCUCCCGAAAUCGCAGGAAACCUGCCAGAAUCCUACAAAGCAAAAAUUGCCUUGAUUGGUUGUGGCCCGGCUUCGAUGUCCUGCGCGACUUUCCUCGCUAGACUCGGUUAUUCUGACAUUACGAUAUUCGAGAAGCGAGAGUACUUCGGAGGUUUGAGCUCCGCGGAGAUCCCCCAAUACCGUCUACCGUUCAAUGUCGUCUCCUUUGAGCUGCAGCUUGUGAAAGAUCUCGGUGUGAAGAUCGAAUAUCAGAAAUCUCUAGGUUCUGCCUUCACCCUGGAGUCGUUGAGAAGCGGCGGCGUCAAAGCCGCUUUCAUAGGAAUCGGUCUGCCCGAUCCUAAGCGAUUCCCCGUUUUCGAGGGUCUCGACUCACGGUCUGGAUACUAUUCUUCGAAAGACUUUCUGCCGCUCGUCGCUGCUGGAAGUAAAGCUGGCCUAUGCGCUUGCAAGAGCUCACUUCCACAAUUGAGUGGCACAGUCAUUGUGCUAGGAGCCGGGGAUACGGCUUUCGAUUGCGCGACUUCGGCUCUGCGUUGCGGCGCCAAGAAAGUUUUCGUCGUGUUCCGCAAAGGCUUCAAUAAUGUCAGAGCUGUUCCCGAAGAGAUGGAGUUGGCCAAAGAGGAAUCGUGCGAAUUCUUACCCUUCCUCGCGCCCCGCUCUGUGGAGAGACUUCCUGGUGGGAAAAUCAAAUCGAUUACAUUCUGUCGCACGGAGCAGCUCGAGGACGGCUCCUGGAUUGAGGACGAAGAGCAAACCAUAAAACUCAAGUGCAACUUCAUCAUAUCCGCUUUCGGGUCCACGCUGUGCGAUGCAGAGGUUCUGGCUGCUCUGGCUCCGCUGAAGAUGAAUAGAUGGGGUCUGCCCGAGGUUGACCAAACCAGAAUGACGACCAGCGAACCCUGGGUUUUCGCCGGAGGUGACAUUGCCGGAGUCGCGGAAACGACCGUGGAAGCUGUGAACGAUGGAAAAAUCGCCGCUUGGUCGAUGCACUCUUAUCUACAGAGUAUUGCCGGAUUGCGAGUGCCCGAUGAACCACGAUUGCCGAAGUUCUACACUCCUAUCGACGGCGUUGACAUAGGUGUCACAGUAUGCGGAAUCAAAUUCAAGAAUCCCUUCGGCCUGGCAUCAGCUCCGCCCACUACGACCUCCGCCAUGAUUCGUCGCGCCUUCCAGAAUGGCUGGGGCUUCGCUCUGACUAAAACUUUCGGACUCGAUAAAGAUGUUGUGACGAAUGUUUCCCCUCGAAUAGUUCGAGGCACAACCUCCGGCCACGUGUACGGCCCAGGGCAAGGAUCAUUCCUCAACAUCGAGCUGAUUUCUGAGAAAACAUCUGCAUACUGGUGCGCUAGCGUGAAAGAGCUGAAAAGAGACUUCCCAGAUCACGUGGUCAUCGCCUCAAUCAUGUGCGCAUACAUUCAAGAAGAUUGGAUCGAACUCGCGAAACUCGCCGAGGCGUCGGGAGCUGACGCCCUCGAGCUCAAUCUGUCGUGUCCUCACGGGAUGGGCGAGAGAGGAAUGGGUCUCGCUUGCGGUCAAGAUCCCGAGCUGGUUAGGAAUAUCUGCUCAUGGGUCAGAGGAGCAGUGAAAAUUCCAAUCUUCGCUAAACUGACUCCGAACGUGACAAACAUUGUUGUGAUUGCGCGUGCCGCUUACGAAGGGAAGGCCGAUGGCGUGACAGCAACCAACACGGUGUCGGGCCUGAUGUCACUAAGCGGAAAAGGGGAUCCGUGGCCUGCUGUGGGCGUGGAGAAACGAACCACCUACGGGGGCGUGUGCGGCAACGCAAUCCGACCCAUCGCUCUGAGAGCCGUGUCUGCCAUUGCCAAUGCGCUGCCCGGGUUCCCGAUCCUGGCCACCGGUGGAAUCGAUUCGGCUGACGCGGGAUUGCAAUUUUUGCAAGCAGGCGCGAGCGUGCUCCAGAUAUGCAGCUCUGUCCAGAAUCAGGACUUCACCGUCAUAGACGACUACAUCACCGGGCUGAAGUGUGAUCUGUACCUGAAGAGUCUCGAGCAAUGCCAGAAUUGGGAUAACCAAAGCCCUCCAAUAGAUGUGCAUCAGAAGGGGAAACCUGUGCCCGAUGUUGGUCUAUCCGAGAGCCUCCCCAAUUUUGGCCAAUUCAAGAAAACUAAAGAAGAUCUGCUCGCCAAGAGAAAGGUUGAAAUCGAUCUCCUCGAUGAUCUCCCCGAGGAUACCGGCCCGAAUCGACAAACUGCCGAAAUACCCCAAAUAAAGGAUAUGAUCGGGAGCAGUUUGAGCCAAGUGGGCAGCUUCGGCCAACUCGAUGUCAAGCAGCAGGUCGUCGCUGUGGUCACCGACGACAUGUGCAUCAACUGUGGCAAGUGCUAUAUGACAUGCGCGGAUUCUGGAUAUCAGGCGAUUACUUUCGAUUCGAAAACACAUAUGCCUUUCGUCACCGAUGACUGUACGGGGUGCGCUCUCUGCUAUUCAGUUUGUCCGAUUCCGGAGUGUAUAAAAAUGGUCCCGAGGACUAUUCCCCACAACCCGAAACGGGGCAUACCCUUCGACGAAACAAAAGACUUCAUCAGGAAGAACUUCCCGCUUGUCGGUCAAUAAAUACGUCGGAUACCGAACGAAUAA